GGCUUCCGUAGUUGUGUGAGUGGUUGGAGUGUGACGCAGAAGCGCUGAACGGGCAGAACAUUUCUAGUGUCAAGAUGGCGACAUCGGAGCCGAAAGCACCUGAAACUGAGGAUCAACCGACUGACACUCAAGUUGUUGCUGCGAAUCCUGAGCAGUAUAUCAAGCACCCCUUGCAAAACAGAUGGGCCUUGUGGUAUUUCAAAAAUGACAAGAGCAAAAGCUGGACAGAGAACCUGCGUCUCAUUUCCAAGUUUGACACAGUGGAAGACUUCUGGGCAUUAUACAACCACAUACAGCAACCUAGCAAACUCGGCUUUGGCUGUGAUUAUUGUUUAUUUAAGGAUGGGAUCAAGCCAAUGUGGGAGGACGACAGGAACAAGCUGGGGGGUCGAUGGCUGAUGACCCUCAACAAACAACAGAGACACAAUGACCUCGACCGCUACUGGAUGGAGACUCUCUUGUGUUUAGUUGGCGAGUCGUUUGAUGAGGCAAGUGAAGAUGUGUGUGGAGCUGUGGUCAAUGUCAGACCUAAAGGUGACAAAAUAUCCAUCUGGACGAGCAACUGCCAAAACCGGGACGCCAUCAUGACGAUAGGGCAACUCUAUAAAGAGCGUCUGACCGUCCCCAUUAAAGCCUUGAUCGGUUACCAGUCACAUGACGACACAUCCAGCAAGAGCGGAUCCACCACCAAGAACAUGUACUCAGUUUGAAACCCUCCCCCAUAUUCCCCUAUUUCAACUCGCUGUAGAUUUAAACAAUUACCAAACCGCAUCAUCACAAUAAUAAUUUCCGAGUUGUCGACUACUAUAGAGUCUUUUCCUUUUAUUAAAAAGAGAAUUGUUCACUGUGUGUACAGUCGGAGCUUCCCCAAACAAGAGAGUGGGGUGGUAGUUAAAUAUAAUGAGGUCUUAAAGGAGAAGAUAUGGGGAACACAAUUGAUUUGCUUUUAGAGUUGAAGAGUUCUGUGAUAGAUACUAAUGACCUCCCUGUGCAUAGCUGAGAACAAGCUUUUUUUUUUUUUUUUUUCAACUACUUUAAUGGCUUGGAGUUUCAAAACAUUUCUUAUCUUACUUCUUCUUGUGUUCUUCUCAUAUUGAGUUCUCACUCCAUACAAAAAGUGUUUCUCACCUCACGGGAAAAGACAGUACGCAACUUAUUCUCUCACUGAACAAAUUUUAAGGUCAAUUUUUUAACUUGAGUUAUCCAGAAGUGUUACGCAUGAAGAAUCUCCAGUAUCUUAAAGGUGUGUAAAAGGCCUGGUCACACUCCAACGUGUAGGGUUUGGAUUUAAGGCCACUUGUUGUUUCAGCCACGCUGGAAUUGUGGAAUAUUGCUUGUAGUACUUUUUGAACUUUUUUUCCUCCCUUUACAUUUAUUUAUAAUGUAUGCAUUGCAGUUGAACUACUUAGUUAAAGGAAACCAUGAAACUUGUUUUUUUGUUAUUUUCAAUUUGAUUUUUAUUUCUUUUCUCUUUUUUGUUAUUAAAGUCAAUAAUGUGGACUACUGCAUAGAGGUUACAUUUUUUUACAGUGUACUAUACAGUAAAGAUUCUGACAGAAUUAGGUGUGCUUUUCACUGUUUUCUUCCUAACAAACUGUAGAUAAUGUCACACUCCUAUCUUGGUUGGUGCAAAGGAAAGACGAUAUUCAUUGUGAAAUGAUUUUGCUCAUAAUGUAUCUUUAUUAUCUGUAAUUCCAGGAUGUAUAUUACCUUCUUUCAAGUAAAGGUUAAGUGCUUUGCAUUAAAACCGGAACCAUGA